AUGAGUAUGGCACCCCACUCCAUCUUCAGUAAAUGCUUCAGAUUCGCUCGUGUGUUUUGCACAAAUGGGCAACCAACGCAGGGAUUGGCUUCACUUCAAAAGCGGCUCUUUUCUACAAGAGUGAGUCUCCCAGCCGAAUGUACAGUCUCCUACCUGGUUAACUCGUGUGGAUUGUCCCCAGAAUCCGCUGCUCUAGUAUCCCACAAGGUAAAGCUUCGAUCUUUAGACAAACCAAACUCCGCUUUAGCGCUUUUGAAACUCUAUGAAUUCUCAGAUGCCCAGAUCUCAGAGGUUGUCCGGAGAUUCCCACUUGUUUUGGUCGCCAAUGCCAAGAAAACCAUUUUGCCAAAACUCGAGUUUUUGUGUUCCAUAGGAAUCUCAAAGCUGGACCUUGCAAGAUCACUGAGCUACAACCCAUGGAACUUGAGGAGGAGCUUGGAAAACCAUAUUAUACCCACUUGUAGCUUCCUCAAGAGCUUGGGCCUCUCUGAUGACAACGUCGUUCAUCUUUUGAAGCACAAGUCCUUUAUUUUCAAUGAAAAUCUAUCCAACAAGGUGACACCCAAUGUUGAGCUUGUGAGGAAAUUGGGCAUGCCCCAGUCGUAUAUUGCCCGAUUGAUAACGAUUUAUGCUGAUAUUAUGGCGAGAAAGCCUGAAUUGUUCAGUCAACUUGUGCAUCAAGUCUCAGAAAUGGGAUUUGACCCUAAAAAAUUUAACUUUGUAAACGCUAUUGCUGCAUUAUCUAUGAAAGAGACGACAUGGAAACGAUGUCGAGAAGCUUAUAUGAGAUGGGGUUGGUCCGAGGAUCAUGUGAUGUCUGCCUUCAAGAUGUAUCCACAAUGUAUGCUUUUUUCGGAGAAGAAAUUAAUGGGAACAAUGGAUUUCUUGGUGAACAAGAUGGGACGGCAGUCACAAGCUGUUGCCAAGUAUCCCUAUGUUUUGUGUUACAGCUUGGAGAAGAGAAUCAUCCCGAGGUUUUCAGUUUUUAGAGUUUUGGUUUUGAAAGGAUUGAUAGAAGAGAACUGGAGUUUGGGUUCUGUGAUUACAAUAUCGGAGAAGAUUUUCUUGGAUACGUUUGUGAACAGAUAUCUCAGCCAAGUACCUCAAUUGUUAGAUGUGUACCAAGGGAAAGUGGAUUUUCAGGAUAUGUGA